UGCCCUCGGCCCGGGCGGGAGUGGUGGAGGGUGUGACAGCUGCAGCGCGCUUUCCAAAAGGAAAAGGGUUGGGGCGGUGUGCAAGGAUUCCCGUCGCUGUGCACGUUCACAGGUACAAGGCUCUUUCCGUCCUCCUUCCUCGCUGCGCUUGCUGAAAUGCUUGCCUUACCUGCUGCUUCCCUUCAAAAUACCUACCGGCGGUUCGGGGUCGCCUGUGUUAAGCUGGGGGGGAAAGUUUCUGCCCUGUGCCCUGGCGCUCCGUGGCGGGCAGCCUGCAGGGGCCACCGGGGCAAGGCGCGGGUACCAGGGCCCGGCGGGGCAGGCAGUGGCAGGGCUGAGACGCCAGCUGUGCAGAUCCCUCCUCCCACUCCGACCGAUUUCGGUGAGGAAGGUGAAAUGCGGAAGCUGUCAACCAGAACUGUCAGCAGACCGUCGGGGGGUUAGCCCGGAGCAUGCAGUUAACAAAAAUAAACAAGAUGAAAUAAAACCGCCCUUCGUGCGUACAGCCGGCGUCCGUCCUCGUCGGCAGCCGGCACCCGCGGCUGCUCUCCCGCAUGGCGACUUUACCCGCCGCGGACAGGAGGGCGUUCGCCCUUAAAAUUAACAGGCACUCCUCUGCAGAAAUAAGAAAGCAAUUUACUCUCCAACCAGGCUUUGCACAGUUCUGUCAACGAAGCUUAAGUACCCCUGGCUUUUCUACUCUUCAUUUGCCUUCCUUUUAUGACGUAGUAGACCCAGUAGAUUUUGAAAGCUUCCUAAUGACACAGCUGAACAACUUGGACUCAGAACUAGCUCAAGAAAUUGGUGACUUUCCCGAAGAUGACUUGGACAUUGUCUUUACACCCAAAGAGUGCAGGACUUUGCAACCCUCUAUGCCAGAAGAUGGGGUUGAAUUGGACUUACAUGUCAGAGACUGCGUUCAGACGUAUACCAGGGAGUGGCUGAUUGUGAAUCGAAAGAGCCAAGGGAAUUCGGAUACUUGUAGCCUGAAAAACAAGGGAUCCCGGAAAGAUUUGCACAAGACGCUUCAAAAACAAACAUUUGAAUCAGAAACAUUGGAUUCCAGUGAUGCAAACCUUCAGGCAGGGCCCCGACAGGCCCAGGCACUCCCUGAGGAGACCUCGAGGACCACCCUCGCCACGUCUGACUUUGACCUGCGCAGCCUGCAGCCAGACCCCCGCCUGGAGAACCUGCUGCAGCACGUCAGUGCCGAGGAGUUUGAGAGGCAGAACGAGGAGGCCCGGCGCACCAACAGGCACGCCGAGCUCCUCGCCCUCUACCCCGCUGUGGAUGAGGAAGAUGCAGUGGAGAUACGGCCCGUGCCAGGUCGCCCAAAGGAACAUCUGGGAAACAGGAUUUUGGUGAAGCUGCAGACUCUGAAGUUUGAGAUAGAGAUUGAACCUUUAUUUGCCUGCAUGGCUCUCUAUGAUGUAAAAGAAAGAAAAAAGAUCUCAGAAAAUUUUCAUUGUGACCUUAACCCUGAUUCAUUGAGAGGAUUUUUGCGUUCUUAUACACCCUCCAUUGACUUGUCUAGUCAGGCAAGAUCAGCAGUAUUUUCUGUCACUUAUCCCUCAUCGGAUAUAUACCUAGUAAUAAAGAUAGAAAAAGUGCUUCAGCAAGGAGAAAUUGGAGACUGUGCAGAACCCUAUGCAGUUCUUAAAGAAAGCGAGGCUGGCAAGACAAAAGAAAAGAUUGAAAAACUGAAAGCCCAAGCUGAAUCCUUUUGUCAGCGGCUGGGGAAAUACAGAAUGCCAUUUGCCUGGAUUCCCAUAAGCCUGACUAAUGUCUUCAACCUUUCAACACUUGAACGAGAAAUACCUGAAACUGAAGGUUUAAAUGGGAAAGGAUCCACUAGUGACAAGAGGGCAACGCUGCUACAGGGAAGGAGAUUUUCUGAGAGAAGUCUCAGCUUGGAGGACAGUUCUCCAGUUUCAAACUUCAAAACAGUCUCUCUGACCCUCAGCACCUUCUUCAAGCAGGAAGGAGACAGGCUCAGUGAUGAAGACCUGUUCAAAUUUUUAGCUGAUUUCAAAAGAUCUUCUUCCUUACAGAGAAGAAUUAAGACUUUACCAGGAACACUUAAACUGGAGAUUUCCCCAGCUCCAGAAAACCUUGGCUAUUGUCUGACACCAGAAUUACUACCAGUGAAGCCUUUUCUAGAAAACCGUAAUCGUCCUCACAAAGAGAUUUUGGAAUUCCCAAUUAGAGAAGUGUACGUUCCCCACACUAUUUAUAG